AUUGAUCUUACUGCUUAGUGCUUACAUCUGUUCGUCAGAUAGUGAGAAUUGAAGGUUAUACAUUCUGUCUAAAAAAAUAUACCAGAAAAGUAAAUAGGUUAAUAAUGAAUAGCAUAGGGGAAGAGUGUACAGAUUUAAAGAAAAAAUAUGAUGACUGUUUCAACUCAUGGUUUUCUGAGCGUUUUCUUAAGGGGGAUCACGAUGACUCUGUAUGUGCAGGUAUAUUUAAGGUGUACCAAGAAUGUGUAAAGAAGGCGAUGAAGCAACAAAACAUAGAUUUUAAAGAUAUUGAUAAAGAUGUUUUAGGUACCGAUAACGAGUUUAAGCCGCCUGGUGGAGAUAGUAGUUGACAAAAAUGUAAUUUAUUGUGCAUAUUCAAUCCAGUAACAUGCUGGAAUGUAAUGAACUUUAAGUUUGCUGACCGUGCAAUUACAAAUUUCAUUCAAAAAUAAAUGAAAAGUCUUCACACACUCAAAUCUGUUUAUCGAAGUUUAUGAAAUGGCAAUUGCUUCUAGAUUUUAGCAAUAUUGUUGUAAAUGUUCUCAAAUUACUGUACAAAUUAUCAUAGUUACAUUACUUGGUACUUUUUAGUGCUUUAGUUUAAUUUAUUAAAA